AUGCCUAGUUCCCAUUCAAAUAUUUUAAAUGAACAAUUAUUGAAACGAUUUAGUGAAUUAAGUCGAUUGGCGAAUAAUAUCGAAUGUAUCGAUCAACUAAUGGAUUUAAUGCGAAUGCAAAAUUGUAUGGACGAAAUUUUACAAUUAAUAUCACAAGCAACAUCGCCUGCUGUACAUGCUCGAAUUGCCGAAUUAUUAUACACAUUACAGAACGUAAGUUGAUCGUAUAAAAUUUCACAUGCAAUAUAGAUCUAUAGAAGAAGGAAAAAAGCUCGAACACGACCACAAAUUUGCUAAAUUUUUUACUGAAAUACACUUAGAACUAUAUACUAUAAGUGUGAGAGCGUUCAUUAAAUUUUAUGAAUUGAAAUAAAUAGAUGCUCUUGAGUUUACUCCUUUUUUAUUCACCCUCAUGGCUAAAAUGACAGUGAAGGUCCGAUUUAGUCCAAUUUGUAUCACAGAUACUUCAGAUUCUAUUUUAAAUUGUAAAUAUACUCUCCUUUUCGAAAUAUAAUUAUUCGAACUAAUAUAACAUUUUGAGCAGACAAGCAUAUUUUUUAAAAAACAAAUUUGGAAUCUGAGACAGGUAUGUGGUAAAAAUAUUGGUUCAAACCAACCAUUUUUUCCCAAGCAAAAAAAGUUCUCUUGGAGCCAACUUAAUCUAGAUUAAAGAGUACAUUUAUCUAGGUGCAACUAAUUCUAAGCUAGGUAAAUGUUCCUUUUAGUCUAGAUUAGGCUAGCUUCAAAAAAACUUCUUUUGCUUGGGUCCAAGAGGUCGUCAUGUGACGGGAAUGAAACCAAGUUUUCAGAAAACACAUGUUUAUCUCUAAUAAAAAUGCUAGUCCUAUCCGAUAUUGGAUUCCACCUUUAUCAGUAAGGUAAAAAGAGAGAAUACUUUUGAAAGAAGUUGAUUCAAAUCAAAAAAUUUAAAAGUUUGUUCGGUCAGAGCCGAUUGCAGCUUUGUCUUCUCCAUGUUCGAUUAUCUAGCACACAAUAACUUCUGGAUCAGGGUACUUUAGAAAAAAUUUUCUCAUGAUCUUGCUCGAAAAUUUUUCCAAAAGUUACUGUAUGACCAUAGGCAAAAACGAUGUCGAAAAUAUUUUCUAAAGUAUCCCGAUCCAGAAGUUACUGUGUGCUAGAUAAUCGACCAUGGAAAAGACGAAGCUGCAAUCGGCUCUGACCGAACAAGCUUUUAAAAGUUUUCGAUCCGAUGAUACAUGCGCCAGUUCUGCUACCUAAAAUUAUUUUUCUAUUUUUAAAAGCUGAAAUAUGUGGAGACAUCUAUAAGGUCGAAUGGAUAUGAAAACCUGAAGUAUCAAGUAGAAACCUGUACGAAUUAAGUAAAAUGUAACUCGAACCUAAUCUGGCUCUAGAAAAGAGAGAGAGAGAGACCAGGAUAGACCAGAAGGAAAGUGAAGCACUACACAGUUGUUGAUAUCGAACACUAAAACUAUGAAUUUUAAAGCAUCGAUUUUACUUUUGGACUAAAUUAUCCAAAAGGAAACUUGAGCUGUUUGAUUCCUCAUCCUGUGAACUGCUAUAGUGUGUUCAACUCCUACUGCUCAAUGGACGAGGAUUUUUCUGUGCACGGUUUUUUCUAGAAUUAUGCACGGUUUGCUGUUUUCCGUGCACUAAAAAACCUUUUGACAUUUUUGUGCACGAUUACAGAAAGGUACACUGAGAUAUUUUUGUGCACAGUUUUUGAAGAACGAGGUUAAUCUAUACCCUAUUGUUUGAUUAUUAAAUUAUUUCAUUUUGAGAAUUACCCUAGUCGAGAGUCUCGGCAGAAGCCCCGCGGGACUCCCUCGGGAGUUUUUUUUCUCAAAAAAUCCAUAGGGAGUCCUGCGGGGCUCCACAAAAAGUCCCGCGAGAGUCUCAUGCACAAAAAAUUUUAUUUUUUUGAAAAAAUCAGUAUGAAUAAAGAGGCAGGUAGUAAAUUCAGGUGUACACAGCAAAUUCAGCUCUCUGUUCCCUUAUCUAAGUAGGUCUCAUUUUCGCUAGUCACAAUGUUACACUAUCGAAUUUUUGGACAAGUUUUCUUUUGAGACACAUCUCUUUCACAGAUUAAUUAAGUCCGUAUAUGUCACAGAAAAGAAUGAAAAAUCCUCGAAAAUAAUUAUUAACCAGCGAUCGAAAGU